UUUUUCACUUUUUUUAAUCUCUCAUGUCUCACAAUGUGCUUCUAUAAGUAAAAACUCCAUAGCUAAUUUUCUCCGAUCCUUAUAUCAUUUGUGUUUCUCAAAUUCAGUUUUGGCAUCUUGGAUAAGCUCAAACAAUUGUAGAAUGACCCUCCUACAUACAUGCUGAUCCUUUGCAGUUGAGUUAUGAGCUUCAAAUGGUAGCAACUGUGGCAACGUAAAGAUUUGAUUGAUCCUAGAAUCUAACAAUACAGGAAUAGCAUUGCUGCAAGUAUGGUAUUGUUGGAAGCUGAGAUAUCAAGUAGUGGAGUGUCUCAAAGUAGGGUCUUAGAGGAUGCAGAGAAAGAUGAAUACAACAUUAAUGAUAGUCCCAUUGAGCAAGUGAGGUUAACAGUUCCAAUCACUGAUGACCCUUCUCAGCCAGCACUAACAUUCAGGACAUGGAUUCUAGGCUUAGCUUCAUGUGUGCUCCUUGCAUUUGUGAACCAGUUCUUAGGCUACAGAACCAACCCUUUGAGAAUCACUUCUGUUUCAGCUCAGAUCAUCACACUCCCACUUGGAAGGCUUAUGGCUGCAACACUUCCCACAAAACCAAUUCAAAUCCCUUUCACAACCUGUUAUUUUUCUUUGAAUCCGGGGCCAUUCUCUUUGAAAGAACAUGUGUUGAUCACCAUCUUUGCUAGCUCAGGAUCUAACAGUGUAUAUGCAAUUGGGAUAGUCACAAUUGUUAAGGCUUUUUAUCACAAAGAUAUACAUCCAGUAGCGGCUUAUUUGUUAGCGCUAUCGACUCAAAUGCUAGGGUAUGGAUGGGCUGGUAUUUUCAGAAGGUUCCUUGUUGAUUCACCUUACAUGUGGUGGCCUGAAAACCUUGUGCAAGUCUCUCUAUUUAGGGCAUUUCAUGAAAAAGAAAAAAGGCCUAAAGGAGGAACUUCUAGGCUGCAAUUCUUUUCCGUAGUCUUUGUAGCUAGCUUCACGUAUUACAUCGUUCCUGGCUACUUUUUCCAAGCAAUAUCAGCCGUCUCUUUUGUUUGUUUGAUUUGGAAAGACUCCAUCACUGCGCAACAGAUCGGUUCCGGCAUGAAAGGCCUCGGUAUUGGUUCAUUUGGCCUUGAUUGGAACACGGUUGCUGGCUUCUUAGGAAGUCCUUUGGCUGUUCCUGGCUUUGCCGUCAUCAACAUAACGGCUGGAUUUUUCUUGUAUAUGUAUGUUUUGAUACCAAUUGCCUAUUGGAACAAUUUAUAUGAUGCUCAAAAGUUUCCACUCAUUAGCUCUCACACAUUUGACUCUACCGGUGCUACUUACAACGUUACUCGAAUUCUAAAUACCAAAACUUUUGACAUUGAUAUGGAAAGUUACAACAAUUACAGCAAGAUCUAUUUGAGUGUCACGUUUGCUUUCCAGUAUGGAUUGAGCUUUGCAGCUCUUACAGCUACUAUUUCACAUGUUGUCCUCUUCCACGGAGAAAUGAUACUUCUGAUGUGGAAGAAGACAAAGAGUUCGUUAACACAUCAACUCGGAGAUGUGCAUACAAGAAUCAUGAAGAAAAACUAUGAACAGGUCCCUGACUGGUGGUUUGUCGCUAUUCUGAUUCUAAUGGUUAUGAUUGCCUUCGUAGCUUGCGAAGGCUUUGGAAAACAGCUCCAACUUCCAUGGUGGGGAAUCUUACUUUCUCUAGCAAUUGCAUUGAUCUUCACCUUGCCAAUUGGUGUUAUUCAAGCAACAACAAACAUAAGAAAAGGUCUUAAUGUGAUCACAGAGUUGGUAAUUGGUUUCAUCUAUCCUGGAAAGCCACUUGCUAAUGUAGCUUUCAAAACAUAUGGCCACAUCAGCAUGGUACAAGCACUAGGGUUUCUUGAAGACUUCAAAUUAGGCCAUUAUAUGAAAAUUCCACCAAAAUCAAUGUUCAUUGUGCAGCUAGUAGGCACUGUAGUUUCUUCAUCUGUCCACUUUGGAACAGCAUGGUGGCUUCUAACUUCUAUCGAGAACAUAUGUGAUGAAUCAUUAUUGCCAAAAGGAAGUCCUUGGACAUGUCCUGGUGAUGAUGUAUUUUACAAUGCUUCAAUCAUCUGGGGAGUUGUAGGGCCAAAGAGAAUGUUUACCAAAGACGGCGUUUAUCCUGAGAUGAAUUGGUUUUUCCUUAUUGGUCUACUUGCACCUGUUCCAGUGUGGCUUCUUUCUCUCAAAUUUCGUAACCAAAAGUGGAUUCAACUCAUUAACAUUCCUAUUAUCGCCGCAGGUGCAUCUGGCAUUCCACCAGUGAGAUCUGUGAAUUACAUUACUUGGGGAAUUGUUGGAAUGGUUUUCAAUUUCUAUGUUUAUAGAAAGUUCAAGGCAUGGUGGGCUAGACAUACUUAUAUCCUUUCUGCUGGUUUAGAUGCUGGAGUUGCCUUUAUAGGUUUACUACUUUAUUUUUCUCUUCAAUCUUAUGGUAUUUAUGGUCCAACUUGGUGGGGUCUUGAAGCAGAUCAUUGCCCUUUAGCUAGAUGUCCUACAUCUCCAGGUGUACAUGCAGAGGGUUGUCAUGUUCUUUGACUUCCAUGUAACCAUUCCAUCGCCAAUAGUCCAAUAAUGCCGAGUUAGUAUGACAUUGGACAUGUAAAUAUAGAAAACUAAGAACCUGUUUUAUUUUGAUCUCCUUGUGUUUAAA